UACCUUUGCUAAGUAAUCCUGGACUGAUCAAUAAUGCAUCCAGUGGCCUACUGCAGGCCGUCCACGAAGACCUCAAUGGUUCUCUGGAUCACAUUGACAGCAACGGAAACAGUAGUCCAGGCUGCUCGCCUCAGCCGCACAUACAUUCAAUCCAUGUCAAGGAAGAGCCAGUGAUUGCGGAAGAUGAAGACUGUCCAAUGUCCUUAGUGACAACAGCUAAUCACAGUCCAGAAUUAGAAGACGACAGAGAGAUUGAAGAAGAGCCUUUAUCUGAAGAUCUGGAAUGAGAACUGACUUGUGAAACCUCAGCGUGAAGGGACAUAUCACUGACCUUCAUAACCACUCCACAACCAUGAAUAUUUGACAAAUUUUUACUGUGACUAUUUAUUAAGCAUGGAUAAAGGAGACAGCCCUAAAGGAACUUACUAAGCCAGCCCUUUGGGAUUCAGUACCAACAGGCAAAUUGCUUGUUUUCUUCUUCUACUUUUUUUUUUUUUUAAGAAAAAAAAUACAAAAACUGAUUUUCUUGGAAAAAAAAAAAUGAACUGUUCUUUCUAUAAUGGCUUUGCCCAUUUAAAAAAUGUGGCUCUUAAGGGUUCAUGAAAUGACUGAAUAUGAGGAUACAUGUCCUGUAGAAAGCAAAUGCGCCUCAUAUACUGCCAAAAAUAGUGUUAGUUUCAUUAAUGUGAAUUUUCCAGCAUUCAGUAGUUGUAAUGUUAGAAACAAUUGCUGGUCAAGUUCAACUUGUUGCUAUUGUUUUUAAUUUGCACAGGAGUAGUAUCAGAAAUUAGUGUCACUGCUUGUAUCUAGCUGAAUUUUAAACAACAGAACAUUAGUUUUUUAUGUUGGUGCCACCAACUGUAAAUGACAUAAGUUAGUUAUUACAAAACACAGUAAUUAGACUGUUGCAACCAUCUAAAACCUUAGGCUUCCAGUCUGUGCUGUUAGUGUUAAGAUGUAAAGUGCAAUCCUAAGCUAACAUUAUCUGUGCAAGCACCAUAGAAACAUUUGCAUAUCUGCAUAGAUCUUACAACUGUACUCUUUACCUCCUUGUGAUAAAGCUUUGUCUACCUGCAAACACAGUCAAAGGCUACAGCUGCAAACCAAAGCCAACUCUAACCAUGGCCAAGAGCUCAAGGACAGAAGCAGCCACAUGCUUUGGUCAGCCUUCUGUAACUUCAAUUAGUACAAAGGAACCUUUUCCAUGAACUACCUGCUGUUUUCUGAUGACCUCUGGGAUCUUUUCAUUUAGCCCUAAACAAAGAAACAAAAUAUGACAAAAACCACAACUAAAAAAGUUAAUUCAGUCACAGAGUAAUCUUCUGAGGCCAAAAGUCCAUCUAAAUGCAAUGAAGAUUUGCUUUCAUUAAAGACAGAGGUGAGGACAAAAUCUGCAGUGGAAGUUAUGAUAUGCUAGAAAGCAACAAAUGUGGAUCACUGACCAAAACGAUUAUGUACUUGAUGCAAAUGCAGAUUGCAUAUUGUUAUAUAUAUAGUACUUUGUGUUUUUGUUUUCCCUCAUUCAGUCAGUUAUUUUCAGUGGUGAAUACAUGUUGUUAGAAGAUGUCUUGUACGGUCUUAAUCUUUGUUGUGUACUAUUUUUUUAUAGUCUUAAGUUAUAAUGAAAAAACAAAAAGUAGGAACCAAACAUAAAAGGUCUAGUAAAGCCAAAAAUUAAUUUCAUAUUGAUUUUAAAGUGAUCUAGCUGAGUUUUUACACUGAAAGCAAAGAUUAUAGCAAUUGUAGUCCAUGGUAUUUAUUUUCAGUCAAACCAAAGUUACAUAUAAUUCUGCCUCUGCUUAUACGGGAUAUUAACACUAACAAUACACUCCCUUCAAAGACUUGCACAGGCGAAAUUGUUGGAAUGCUGGUUUUCUUGACAACUCCAAACCCCAAAACUAUGAUACUGAAUAAUGGUGUAGUUGAAAAUAGCAUAGUCAGAUGUUUGCUUAAAACCUAGAAACUUAACGUGUUGCUUUUCAUGUGCUGUGCCAAGUCUUGAUAAUACUUUUUCCCCCAACCAAGGGACCUCAUAACCUGAUUAUGGUUAUUGCUUUACAAACAGUUUUGACAGAAGGUGGCUGCUAGAGCUUAACAUAUGUACCAGUUCCAUGUGAUGGAACCGGUUCUUGCAAACUAAGCUCAUCAUUGAUUCUUUGCUGAAGUCAGCAAAUAGAGUUAGAGAGAUACCCAGUCAUCUAUCACACCAAAUAAAAGGACAUAACGGCUUUCAAAAGGGUUUUCCCACUUACCCAAAAGGCUUUCUGAAAGCUUCUACCUCUGCAAAAAAAAAAAGAAAAAAAAAAAAAAGAAAAAAAUUAGAACAAUUAUGGCAGAUUGCAUGAAACGUGAGAACGUCACAGUAACUGCUACUUUUCAUUAUGUUUGUCUUUGGGUCAUGAUCAAUGAACCGGAAGUUUACAAUAUGGUAUUAAAAGAAAGAUGGGUAUGGUGAAAGAUGGUUUUCAGUCAUCUAGGAUCCUACUGUAAGGAUUAUCUG